GGCUGCUAACUUGACUGUGGACACAAAAAACUGCGAAAUCAAGGAGAGGGACAGCGCCCAGAAUAACUGUAAACCUCUGCAAACUGUGUGGAGCAUCGCGUUGGAAAUGAGACUGCUGUCAUAUUCUCCGGGUUGUCGGACGUUAAAACAGAGGACAUGUCCUUCGGUUUGUUAAAGCCACAGUGCUACACUCAACUCUCCAAGCAUGCUACAGCAGUGACAAUCUCUCUCUACUCAGCAGCACUGUUUGAUCCAAGAGAAACGUGCCUUGUAAGGAAGCAGGAUGUUCACAGGCUCCACCAAACUGCCACCUACUAAAACCCCGCAGCCUGAGCGGCUGGAUGAAGUGUACGCUGCCUUACGCAGAGGCUUACAGUCGUACCUGCAGGUCCACCAGCUGGAGCUGGACAGUCUGGGUCAGCAGACCAGAGAGAACAAGAGGAACGGUCGCCUGGGGUCUCUGUAUGAGUUAGAUAAGCAAGUGAAAGCCAUAGAGAGGUUUAUGCGUCGUCUGGAAUUCCAUCUCAGUAAGGUUGAGGAGCUGUACGAUGCAUAUUGUAUACAGCGGCGACUGCGUGAUGGAGCAAGUAAGAUGGUGGCGGCCUUUAACUCCGCCACUGGCAGCAAGGAGGCCAGAGAGAGCCUGAGUGAAGCCAACAAGGGCUACAAAGAGUGCACAGAGCACAUGUGCUCACUUGAGAGUGAAUUAGAAAGCCAGAUGGGAGAAUUUCAUGUCAAGAUGAAGGGCCUCGCUGGCUUUGCACGGCUCUGUGCUGGUGAUCAGUACGAGGUCCUAAUGCGGUAUGGGCGGCAACGCUGGAGGCUGCGAGGCCGCGUGGAAGUCAGCAACAAGCAGAUAUGGGACAGUGAAGAGUACAUCUUUCUGCCACUUGUCACAGAGCUGCUGUCAAUCAAGGUGACGGAGCUGAAAAGCCUGGCUAAUCAUGUAGUGGUGGGCAGCGUGUCCUGUGAAAUGCUCGACCUGUUCUGCCCGCUUCCCCAGACGCUUGCUGUGGAUAUCAACGACCUCGGGACAGUGAAGCUGAACUUGGAGGUCACGUGGAGUCCAUUUGAUAAGGAUGACCAGACAUCGUCCACCAGUACAGUUUCCAAACGGCUGCUGUCUAAUCAGAGCCCUCCUGACACGCCCUCUAUGCGGGAGCAGGUGUUUUAUUCUCUGCUGAAGCGUCAAGGAGAAAUGGAGAACGGGACCGUGUGGUCCAACUCCUCCGAGUCCUCCGACGACUCCUCCAGUCCGGCCUUGGCUCACCACGCUCAGAGGCUGACGGCCUCCAACAUGCUGCAAACCACUCUCACCAAUCAGCUGUCGCUCUCGCAGCACAAGUCCAGCGCAUCGACGCCGUCGCUCUCAUCCAACCAGGAGGAGGAUGAGACAGAAGCCGGGGAGGUUUUCUCUCAGUCGGACGCCGUGCCCAACGGCCAUCUGCAGACUUCCUGCUCUCAUACACCAGACUGUACUGUGACUGACAGAGCGUCUGUCAAAUCAGCCGAGCUCUCCGAAACCUCAGGAGACCUGAGCUGCUCAUGCCCUGACGUUUCCUCUGUGCCUCCUGUGUCGCAGACAGAGACACAGGACAUAUCUGAAAGUGGCGUCCCACAGGUGCGUAUUUCAGCGGAGGAGGUAAAAGAGGAAGCGUCUGAGGACUCGUCAGUACAGGCUGGACAGUCUGAAGUAGAAACAGAGGUCAGCACCACUGAAGCAGCAGAGGGACACCAGGUAGAAGCCACAGAGAAACACAGUCAACCACUUCAGUCCAUCCAGGAGUCAAAACAACCGCAGGACGCUCUGACGGCCCCUUUUCCCACUUCUUCUAGUUUCACUUUGGAGGUCGAGACAGCACUUGAAAGUUUUGACUUUCUCAACUGCUCUGACCUUGAGGAAGAUGAGGAGGAAGAGGAACAACAGGAACAACAGGAAGAUGAAGUAAAGAAGAAGGAGGAGGAGGAGGAGGAUGAUGAUGGGCAACAUGAAGAGAACCAAAACAAAGAGGAGGAAGAGACAGUGGCGGAAGAGACAGUGGUGGAAGAGAAAGUGGCGGAGAAGAAAGUGGUAGAAGAGAAAGUGGAGGAGGAAAAAGUGGUGGAAGAGAAAGUGGAGGAGGAGAAGGUGGAAGAAGAAGAAAAGGAUGAAGAGAACUUUUACUCUGGAGGAAGUGAUGAUGAGGAGGCAGAUGGUCUACAGAUCCUUAUGGAGGCCCCGGAAGGUUUCAGAAACUCAGAUGAAGAUAGAUUCUCUGAAUCUCAGGAGUCCAGCGUGGAGGACGGGCAGGAUGUGUGUCAGAUGGAGCUGGCCGAUGAGAAGGAGGAGCACAGCGAGGAAAAGGGAGACGAACCACAAGGAGAGGACACAUCACAAGCUCAGGAGGAGCGUCCCUCUACUCCCACCCACUUGGCCACUACUGUCUUCUAAUGAGACCAGUGGCACCAUACUUAAAAUCAUUUCUCCCACUCUGCCAUCCACUCAUGCCAUCCCCCUCGCACACCGCGGCAUCGGAGGCCUUGAGGAUGUUCCACUUACUGCUCAGACAAACAAGCUCUCCCAUUAACGGCAGAGUUUGUGCACAUAUUUGCCUUGUUCUGACCAAGAACGAUAAACCUCGAGGUUUCCGCACCUCAGUCGUGACUGAAAGCCCCCCUUCCCUCAUUCUUUCAACACACACUCCACCAUCACGUUGCCUGGGUUUAAGUG